AGUGUAAAGAAUUCUUUAGUCCUAGUAUAUAUAUAUAUAUAUAUAUAUAUAUAUAUUUACAAAAAGCCACAAAAAUUUAUGCACACUUUUAAAAAGCAGUGUACAUUUCUAAGUAGGCAGAUACAGUUUGGAUGUCAAACGGAGUUGCUUUAGCAGCAGAUGAGUCAGAGACUGGUACAGCAGAAAUAAAGCCGGUCUAACUUCUCAUACAGCUGCAAGUGCUGAAGGCAAAGCUGGUUAUCAUCUGGUGGCAAAGGCUGUGGACUAGAAUGGAUCUGUGGAGAGUCCUGUUGUUUUCGAUAAACUUCAGAGUCAUAACAGCUACCGUAGGCUACUUUGGGAUCAUUACAGACCUUCACCUAGACCCACAGUACCAAGUGGUGCCAGAUCCUUUGAAGGUGUGCCCAUCUGCUGGUACUCAGCCAGUGGCCAAUGCAGGGACUUGGGGGGAUUACUUGUGUGAUGCGCCUUGGAUUCUUAUCAAUUCCUCCAUUUAUGCCAUGAAGGAGAUCCUCCCUGACCCAGAUUUCAUUCUCUGGACCGGGGAUGACACUCCUCAUGUGCCUGAUGAGAAACUGAGUGAAGAAUCUGUGUUAAAGAUAAUUGAAAAGCUCACUGACCUGAUCAAGCAUGCCUUUCCAGAUACUCAGGUAUAUCCUGCAAUGGGCAACCAUGACUUCCACCCCAAAAACCAGCUCCCAGCUGAGGAGAACAGGAUCUACCGUGCAACAGCAGAACUAUGGCACCCUUGGCUGAACAACCAUUCUGUGCAGACGUUCAAAGCAGGUGCUUUCUACAGUCAGUUACUGUCCAGUUCUGGGCCAGCAAGACGGAUGGUUGUCCUCAAUACAAAUCUGUACUAUGAAAAUAAUAAUCAAACCAUCAGCCUAGAGGAUCCAGGAGGCCAGUUCCAGUGGCUAGAGGAUACACUGACUAGUGCAGCAGAUGCAAGAGAAAAGGUUUAUAUUAUUGGGCAUGUCCCUCCUGGCUUCUUUGAAAAGAAACGAAGCAAGGCCUGGUUCCGAGAAUGUUUCAACCAACGAUACACAAAAAUCAUUCAGAAACAUCACAGAGUGAUUGUGGCCCAGUUCUUUGGGCAUCAUCACACAGAUAGUUUUAGAAUGUUCUACAGUGACACAGGUUCUCCUAUCAAUGUCAUGUUUUUAUCUCCAGCUGUAACACCCUGGAAAACAACCUUACCAGGUGUGCACAAUGGAGCCAACAACCCUGGUAUCCGGGUGUUUACAUAUGACCAUGACACUUUGCAAGUUGAGGAUAUAGUUACUUAUUAUUUACACCUCACCCACGCUAACCAGAGAGCACCUGAAUGGAAGAAAGAAUAUAGCCUGACAGAAGCUUUCCAGAUCCCAGAUGCUUCUGUCCAGUCCAUGCACCUGCUACUGGAAAAACUUGAGAAGGACCAGGAGCACCUCCAGCGGUAUUAUCAGUAUAACUCAGUUCAAUAUGACCUGACAUACUGCGAUGACAAUUGCCAGACUGACCAUCUCUGUGCCAUCCGGGAGGUAGAUUUUGCAAAAUACAGCCAGUGCAUCCAAACCAGGAGUGCUGCAGCAGCAUCCUCAGCCUCCAUGCUGUAUCUUGUCUCAUGUUGCUCCAUACUUGAGCUCAUUCUUCUAGGACUGUGGGGCUUGGGCAGAGUGGGACAUGAGCAGGAUGGUAUAGAUUUCACAUAGGCAUGUGAUUGCUAUAGAAGCAUAGUGUUGGAAGAGACCACAAGGACAAUCUAAUCCAAGAAAAUUUAAUUAUGGAAUGUUUUAUUUUAGCAUGAUGAAUAAAAUAUUUACAAC